ACCAUUCUCUCACCCCAAAUACACAUAUAUGUAUUUGUAUUUCUGGUAGUAUAUAUGCAUAUACAUGCAUUGCAGGCAUUAGUUCAAUUGCAAAUCUUCAUAUUUAAUUGACAUAUUUGCCAUUGAAGAACUGGAACUCUCUCUCUCUCUUUCUCUCUCAUUAGAAUGGAUGCAGCAGCAGCAGCUUCCAUGGUUCUCUUUGUUUCUAUUUCCAUUGUUUCAUCUUCCUCAGCAGCAAUAGCAAUAGCAAUGUUGCCUUCUUCUUCUUCUUCAAUGAAGCAACAGAUCCUCCAAACUAAGCUCCUAUUACACUCUUCUUCCCGGCGAGGAUUAGCUUCCUUCGUCCCCACCGAUUUUACACUCCCUCCGGACACCGCCGGCGCCGGCGCCGGUUCCAUCCCCAUUCCCCCGGAAGCUCCGGCCGCAUUCCCCUCAACAACUCCCUCAAUACCGACACCGGUAACCAAUCCCGUGACCACUCCCAGCACCGGCACCGGCAUUCCCGGUCCCCCGUCAACCACCACUCCCGGCACCGGAAUUCCAGGUACCCCGCCGGUGACCAAUCCCGUCCCGCCCCCCACCCCGAUGACCGGAGGGUUCCCCGGUACCGUCCCUGCAGUAGCUCCCCCUGUUUCCACCGGAGGGCAGGGGCAGGGGCAGAGCUGGUGCGUGGCCAAGAACGGCGUGCCGGAGACAAGCAUUCAAGUGGCCCUCGAUUACGCCUGUGGGAUCGGAGGUGCCGACUGCUCGGCAAUCCAGCAGGGCGCCGCCUGCUACAAUCCCAACACCCUUCAGAACCACGCCUCCUUUGCCUUCAACAGCUACUACCAGAAGCAUCCGGGGCCUAUGAGCUGCGACUUUGGGGGCGCGGCCAUGAUCACCAGUGCUAAUCCGAGCACAGGGUCUUGUGUCUUCCCAACGUCCUCGUCUUCUCCCACCAUGGCAGCUCCGACUCCUCCUACGGCAUCUUCGACUCAACCGGCAACGACGAUGUCUCCAACCACAAUGACGCCCCCGGCUGCUGCGACGGAUCCGACGAUGGCGCCGCCUUUCGGAAUGGCUCCGCCUGAUUCAUCUUCAACCGGAGCAACACCAAUGAGUUCAGGCAUUUCACCAAACAUCUUGAAUGCAAGCAGCCCUGACAUGGGCGGCGCCCCGGCAGGCUUAGGGUUUGGUGCCAACGCAACUUCGACGGCCAGCGCGCAGCCACUCACCGGUUGCAUCAUCACCGUGAUAUCCAUCGUCGCAGGGCGGAUCAUCAGUGCUGUUUAGAGCUGGAUCAUUGCAUUGCAUUCACUACUCUAGAAAGUACAUACAUACAGACAUAUCGAUAUAUGUAUAUGUAUAUUUAUAUGAGAUUUGAUUAGGUUGGGGAUUGUAGGUAGAGAUCCGAGUUCUUUGCGAUAUCAUUGCAGGUGUACUCCUGCGUGGUAACCAGAGAGUGAUGAGAUCCUUCAAAACAUUCGAUUAUUCAAUUAAGUGCGAGCAGCAGCAGAAGAAGAAGAAGAAGAAGAGGAUUAGGGUUUCUCUGAUGAAGGAGUAAUUUCUUAGUAUGCACAACUAGCUAGUAGCUAGAUAUAUAUAAUCAAUCAUGUAUAAUGUAGAUAUAUAUAUAUAUAAUAUGCCAAUUUUAUUUUAUUUUUUAUUUAUUUUAU